AUGGCUUACCAGUACAAAGUCAAGUAUCGCAAGACGUCAGACCAUGGUUACGCGGAUGCCUUAUCGCGCCUACCAAUAGGCACAGAUGAACAAUUCGACCACCAAGAAGCAUGCUACAAUGUGUGCCAAAUAGAAUCCCCAAUAAAUGCAAAAACUAGUGAAAAACAUGCAAACAAUGACGAAAUCCUUCAACAAGUUCGCCAUUCCGUCGAAGAGGGGUGGCCUGAGAAGUUACUUCCAAAAGACGCUCACCUUCGUCCGUUUUUCAACAGGAAAUAUGCCUUGACUAUAACUAACGAGAUCCUUUGCCUACAGACGGAGUAUACACGCAUCGUUAUCCCGGGUUCGUUAAAAGGACGAAUACUUCAAUUACUCCAUGAUGGUCAUUGGGGAAGUUCCAGGAUGAAGCAGUUAGCCAGACAACAGGUAUGGUGGGUCGAUAUAGAUAAGGACAUUGCUACGGUUGCAGACAAAUGUGAUGUAUGCAAAAUUGUCAAUCCCACCUCAGCUAAAGAAUAUGUCAGUUGGCCAAAGCCAAAACACCCGUGGGAGAGGGUGCACAUCGAUUUUGCAGGUCCAGUAUUCAACUGGAUGUGGCACAUUUGCGUUGAUGCCUUCUCCAAAUUCCCCUACAUUUCCCAGAUGACUACAACAACGACAGCUGCUACAAUAUCUGCGCUAGCUACAAUUUUCACCAUCGAAGGCAUCCCAAAAACACUUGUUAGUGACAACGGGCCGCAGCUUACGUCAGAGGAGUUCAACGUUUUCUGCACCCAUCAAGGUAUAAAACAUAUUACGAGCGCCCCAUUUCACCCUGCCUCAAAUGGACUCGCAGAAAGGUUUGUCAGAACUUUUAAAACGGCUGUCAAGAAAAAUAUCGACGACGGCUUACAACUAAAUGUGGCUGUGAGGAAGUACUUAUCUACAUAUCGUUUUAUGCCAAAUAAUGAGGGUAAAUCGCCGGCAGAACUUUUGCAUGGAAGACCGGUUCGCACGUUACUGAGCCAGGUUUUCGAAUCACCGAAGGCAAGACUGAAUCCGCCAGCUCCGAACGGUUCCAAGUUCAUCGUAAAUCAACCCGUAUUCGCUCGUAACUAUGCGAGAGGGGAAAAGUGGGUAAAAGCCGUAAUUGUGCGACAACUCGGUAAUACGGUUUAUGUAGUCAACACGGCCGUCGGUUACUUUAAACGCCAUGCAAACCAGCUGAAGCCACGGAACUCAUCUAAUGCCGAAUCCUUUUUACCGUGGAUUCCACCAACCAAUGUAUCUUCAUCAAUUCAACAGCAGCCAUCCUCAACGGAAGCAGAAUCACAGCAGCCAACGCAAAUGCAUAACUCGUCCAUAGAGGGUAUACCAGUUCGCAGGAGUGCGCGUACUCGCCUGGCGGUCGAUCGCUAUGCAGCACCAGAUUUCCGGAAAUAA